UUGUUUGGAAAAUGUGUUAAACGAAUGAUAUCACUCUUCUUCUCCCACUUCUCUGUCCUCCAUAUGACGACAUUCUUCUUUCUUUCUUCAGCAUUCGAUGCGCUUCAUGCUUAAGAUUGAUCAUGUUCCCAAUCCUUACCCUCCCUAUCUUUUAUUCUUUUUUUAUUUAUACUCUUUAUCAACAACUUGAUUUUUUCUUCUCUACAUCAUCCUAUAAACCACUUCCUCCUUUAUCUUUACCCACCGAUCUCUCUUCAUUCCCAUGUUUUUUUUCGAGGAUCUUUGGCCACUGCUCCAGCUUUUCGUUGGAAAAUUUCUACUCGUCCCUGAGAAACAAUAUUUCAUUACAGAACCAAUGACGAACUCAACUUGCGGAGGCGCAGAUUCAGAUUCAUGUCGAGACGAAUCAGCCGCGUUCGUUCUCAAGUUCGCAGCCAUGGCAUCAAUUCUCUUAGCCGGCAUGGCCGGAAUCGCAAUUCCACUCAUCGGAAAACACCGACGGUACCUUCGCACUGACGGAAACCUCUUCGUCGCCGCGAAAGCCUUCGCCGCUGGUGUGAUUCUAGCAACAGGUUUCGUCCACAUGCUGUCAGAUGCUACGAAAGCGCUUAACAAUCCUUGUUUACCGGAAUUCCCGUGGUCGAAGUUUCCGUUCACUGGUUUUUUUGCAAUGAUGGCGGCGCUUUUCACGCUUUUACUUGAUUUUGUCGGAACUCAGUAUUAUGAGAGGAAACAGGGGAUGAACCGUGCGGUGGAAGAGCAAACGCGGGUUGGGACUUCGGAAGAAGGGACUGUGGAAUGGAAUUCAGGGAAAGUGUUUGGGGAAGAGGAAAGUGGUGGAAUGCAUAUAGUGGGGAUGCAUGCACAUGCGGCGCAUCAUAGACAUAGCCAUCCUCAUGGCAAUGAUGCAUGUGAUGGAACUGGCAUUAUCAAGGAAGAACAUGGUCAUGGUCAUGGUCAUGGUCACGCCCACUCCCACGCCCUCACUACUGAUGAAGAAACUGACGUUCGACACGUCGUCGUUUCGCAGGUGUUAGAGCUAGGGAUCGUAUCACAUUCGGUGAUAAUUGGAUUAUCUCUUGGAGUUUCACAGAGCCCUUGUGCAAUAAGGCCUCUGAUUGCCGCACUAUCUUUCCAUCAGUUUUUUGAAGGGUUUGCACUUGGAGGGUGCAUCUCCCAAGCUCAGUUCAAAACCUCAUCAGCAACAAUAAUGGCUUGUUUUUUUGCAUUGACUACACCAGUGGGUGUUGGCAUUGGAACAGGCAUUGCUUCAGUUUAUAACCCUUACAGUUCUGGUGCACUCAUAGCUGAAGGUAUACUAGACUCCUUGUCAGCAGGGAUUUUGAUUUAUAUGGCUUUAGUAGACUUGAUAGCAGCUGAUUUUCUAAGCAAAAGAAUGAGUUGUAAUUUUAGGUUGCAGAUAGCAUCUUACUGUAUGCUUUUCCUUGGAGCUGGGUUAAUGUCUUCACUAGCCAUAUGGGCAUGAACCUUCCAACUAUAGUUUUUACUAUGCUGUUCAAUUUUUGAUAUAUGUUUCUUUCUCUUUUAAUUAGCUUAAUAAAUUAAUGGGGUCCCCAAAUAUGGGCCCUUCAGAAAAGGCCAA